CAGGAAACGCCCAUCAUGACACCGGCACGCUUCCUCCUCCGAUCCAGCCAGUUCGCCGUGCGCAGCGUGCGACCCUUCGGCACCACAUCUCGCUUGGCCGCAGUGCCAACCAACGACAGGCACAAUGACACUGCAGAGACAUACCGCAAGUUCAUGAAGGAGAAGCCAUUGAACCCGCAUUUGACCAACUCCACAUCGACAAUCGCCAACGAAAUGCCCAACAUCGGCGAGGAUGCGGCUCCGCCAGAGCUCAUCACAAGCGUGGACUCCAAGUUCGUGCCCAAGGACUCCAAGCCUGAAAACACCGAGAGGAUGACCGGCGGUACACAAUCUGGAUCGCCAAAGUCUGGACCCAACGCAGAUCUCGAUGUAGGUGAAAUCGAGGGCGGCACGUUCAAGGUUGAGCCUAUUCGUCGAACUGGCGAAGACGUCAACACUACUCGUGCACGUCUACUGUAUCAAAGCCGGAAAAGAGGCACACUAGAGUCCGAUUUGCUCCUAUCCACAUUCGCCGACGAGAACCUUGGUGCCAUGACAAAGGCGCAGCUGGAGCAAUACGACUCUUUCCUUGACGAGAAUGACUGGGACAUCUACUAUUGGGUUACACAGGAGCCAGUUCCUACUUCGAUGGCAUACGCUGAGGGAUCGGGGCCGGAUAUGGCAUCGCCGGAAGCGCAGGGCAAGGAUGUUGCGGAGCAGAAGCCGGACACACAAGGCAAGAGAGUGCGCGCGCCUGGAACCGGUGAAUGGGCUCAGACUGUUGGUACUUUCAAGCCUGCAUACAGACCCGUCCCUCAGCGAUGGAAGAACAGCGAGAUUCUGUCGCUGUUGAGGAAGCAUGUGAUUGACCGCAGCGCCGGCAGUGUGCACAUCGCUGGAAAGGACACAUCGAAUAUGGAUGGCGAGAGGAAGGGCGGCGGACUUGGCUUUAUGCCUGAUUUGAAGAACUUCGACAGGUGAUCUUGCCGAGACCACGGAACGAGCUCGACUGUAUACAAGUGUAGAACAAUUCUUGCCCAUCAGUUCUUUCCAUCAUUUGGGUGCGCUGGAAAUAGAACUAUCGAAGGGAGCAACGUGGCGGCUGCGAAGAGCAAUAGCAACUUCCGGCUCAUGCAACUGCCACGCAGCUCACUUCUCGCUCUUCCG